CAAGCAGAGAUGAGCAUUGUGGCAUCAAGCCUGCAAAGAUGGUGUAUCUUCAAGGUGUGUUAGUGCUGGCUGUGAUUGCUGUGUUUGACUUGACAAGUGCACAAGGAAGUUUGAACAAUGUUCAAAGUCCAAGAGGAUUCAACAUGAAUCUCAGAGGUGUUCCUGCUCCUCCUGGAGCUGUUUUCAGUCCUGAUGUGAUGGUGGCCUUCAAUAGUCUUGACUCUAGGAAACCUGUGCAAGCUCCUCUCGGUCUUCAGGAGAAGCUGAUGCUGCAAGCUCCUGAGCCUUUCACCUGGAAGUUCCCCAUUGUUGCUGAAGCCCAGAGAGAGUUUGCCACAAACUUCCAGCUGAAGCAGCCUGCAUCUCCUGGCAGCACUGUCGCAGUUCAUUGUGGUUCAGAUCAGGUUCAUGUGGAGGUCCAGCAGGAUCUGUUCAGCAAUGGGGAGUUGAUCCAGCCAGCAGGUCUGUCUCUGGGAGGAUGCCCUGUUGUUGGUCAGGACCCAAAGUCUGCAGUGUUCAUCUUUGAGUAUGCAAUUCAGGACUGCAACAGUGUGGUGAUGAUGACUGAGGAUGAGCUUGUCUACACCUAUACUCUUACCUACACCCCUGAAGCGUUUCCUGGGACUCCUAUUGUCCGGACCAAUAGUGCAGUUGUUGGUGUUCAGUGCCACUAUCCAAGACUUCACAAUGUGAGCAGUAAUGCCUUGAUGCCAGCAUGGACCCCUUAUGCCUCAUCAGAGGUUGGCGAGGAUAUCUUGGUCUUCUCCCUGAAUCUCAUGACUGAUGACUGGUCCUAUCAGAGGCCCUCAAAUGUGUAUUUCCUGGGCAGCGUGAUUAAUAUUGAGGCAUCUGUGAUGCAGUACAAUCAUGUGCCUCUGCGUGUGUAUGUUGACCGCUGUGUGGCAACUCCAGUACCUGAUCCUGAAGCUCUGCCAAGAUAUUCCUUCAUUGAGAAUCAUGGAUGCCUUGUGGAUGCCAAGGCUACAGGUUCCAGCUCCCACUUCUUGCCCAUAACCCAAGAAGACAAGCUCCGUUUCCAGUUGGAGGCCUUCAUGUUCCAGGAUACACCCAGUCCUUUAAUCUACAUUACAUGCAUUGUUAAGGCCACUGUUGCUGCUAGACAUAGUGACCAUCUGCACAAGUCCUGCUCCUUUGCCAAUGGAUGGUUUGCCAAUGAUGGACACCAUGGAGCCUGUAACUGCUGUGACUCUACAUGUGGUGUUGAAGGCCAACUUACUGGGGAUGGCUUUAGAGGCAUUCAGUGGGAAGGCAAGGCUUUGGUUGGUCCUGUAGUGGUCAAAGACGCGCAAAGGAAUCUUGUUUGAUAAUGAGUAAACUUGAGUAGGUUUAUUAAAUAGCUUUUUAAAUUGCUCGUGUUUUUCUACUUAAGCAUGAAUGUCAGUAUACUUGGGUACAAAACUCCCAUCAAAAACAUUGUGAAUCCACAUUACUUCUAGUAAUGCACAAACCCACCACUUCUGCAAGCUCAGACCCCUACUUGCAUUGUCUUGGAUGACUGUCAGAUUCUUGAUUACUUGAAUAAACACUCAUAAAAGUUU